AUGUCUGAGUCUGGUUCUGGUUGCGUAGAGAGUGAUACCGAAGAAGAUGAUCCCCCUGACUGUAGGCGUUCUACUCAAAGUCCUAAUUCAUGUUGUCCUUUAUGUUCUCUGGUGACAAGAGACACAGUUUCGCUGUUUCAACACAUAAAUGCAAACCACAUUUGCUACAGAAAUUUCCCGGAUGUUCAGUUCUUAGAAUUCCACAACCGUCGCUUAUGUUCAGAAUGUGGCUUUGCUUAUGGUAAUCGUUUCUCAUUUUGCCGACGUUCUCUAGGUCCUGGUCGUGGUAGAUGUCGUGGUUUGAUGACCCAUCCAAGUGCAUCAUCCUGGUUGAGUCAGUGUGAAUCCACAGCUGUUAACGGUGAUAUUGGAAUUCAGAAUUCACCUGAGGUAGCUCCAACAUCAGCUUCAAGGAUUACUUCUUCAUCAGUGCCUGUAUCCUCAUCUUCUAAUUUGGUGCUCGAGGGUAUUAAAGCAGCUUCUAUGAUGUCCUAUCCAGCUGUUGGUGACAUGGAAUUGUCUGUUUUCAAUUCACUGAUGAACGAAGUUGUCACCACACCAGUUCAGACAGUUACUCAUGUCCCAAAAUCAGUUAGACCACUUCUAAGUGUGGUUUUAGCUAAAGAAUUACGGUGUGCUUGUGAGGGUGGCCUGUGGGGCUUUGCUCGCCUCUUCAUGCUGGCCAAAGCUACCCUUCGCUGUCCUCCUCGUGGUGGGAGAAAGAAAAGGUACGUUGUAAAGGAAAUUUUGUCUUCUCGCCUUCAACGUUGGUUGGAUGGAGAUAUUCUAUCACUGUGGCUGGAUGUCAAGGCUGAGACUAACCCUUGCCAUGUUUCAUUGAAUUCCUCAAAUACCGCUACCACAAAUACUCGAAGAUCAUUGAGAUUGGCUUCAGAAGGUCGAUACAGUGAUGCACUUCAGGCUUUGGGUUCACGAGGUUGUGCCUCUCAUGACAGCAGUGAAGCUUUAGAAGAGUUGGCAAAUCGACAUCCAGUUCACGAUCUUCCUGCUUGGCUAGAGGAAGUCCCACCUUCACUAGUUGUGGACUCUCAGGAGGUUAUUUCUGCAUUGGAAGCAUUUCCCAAUGGCUCAAGUCCCGGUUAUUCUCAUCUUCGAAAGCGCAGUCCUGUUUAG